CAGGAAAAAUUAAAGAUUAAUAAGUUUAAGGCAAGAUAGAUUAAUUUCAAGAUCUAGGAACAUUUAUCAUAUUUCUAGAUCUUGAAACAUGAUAGCACACAAGUUAUCUAAUUUCUCUAGUUCAUUUUUACAUUCUUGUUUGACUACGAAAAUAAUAAUUUUUGAAAUUGAAGUUGAAAAUCAUGUAUGCAUUAAUAAAAUAAGUUGUUGAUUGUCAAUAAAUAAACAAAUAGGAGAGUAGGAAUUUUUGUACCACAAUAAAUAAGUUAGGUUGUAGCCCAUAGAAAAGAAAUGAUGUUUCCAUUUCCAUUUGUCAAAAGAUAGCAGCUAGAGUAUUUCUUUUUGCAUUUGACUACUCUCUCUCACACUUCACCUAAUAUCCUUCCGUUCUUGUGCGUUCUUCCUCCACCUAUUACAGAUCAAUACUCACCAUCACCAUUAUCAAUAAUAAUGGGGGCAGGAGGACGUGAAGUGCCUAUUUCAUUAGAUGGUGUAAGGGACAAGAACAUAAUGCAACUCAAGAAAAUCAACACUGCUAUUUUCCCAGUAAGAUAUAAUGAUAAGUAUUACACUGAUGCCAUUGCUUCCGGUGAUUUCACCAGGCUAGCAUAUUACAAUGAUAUCUGCGUAGGUUCAAUUGCAUGUCGCCUUGAGAAGAAGGAAGGUGGGCCUGUUCGUGUUUACAUAAUGACUCUGGGUGUUUUGGCUCCAUAUCGUGGGUUAGGUACUGGUACAAAGCUGUUGAAUCAUGUCCUCGAUCUUUGUGCCAAGCAGAAUGUUAGCGAUAUUUAUUUGCAUGUGCACACAAUUAAUGAAGAUGCCAUCAAUUUCUACAAGAAAUUUGGAUUCGAGGUUACUGAUAAAAUCCAAAACUACUACACAAAUAUUACCCCACCAGACUGUUUUGUCCUUACCAAGUUCAUCACUCCACCAAAGAAACAGACAGUGUGAGCCACUUGAUUGAGUCGUCUUGGUCACGCCUUCACAGUAUCUCUGAGGUUUUGAGCCUUCUUGGUUAUAGUUUUUGCUAUUUAUGGGCCAUCUGCCCCCAUUUAAUUGUGACUGGAAUCGCCUGUCGUCCUUUAGAAAAGUAUCAUAAAUGACUGUUGAAUGAUUUCCCUGUAAUAGAAAUAGUACAGUGCAAUGCAAACAUUCAAGUUUUGUUAAUGAAUUAGUCAUGAGGAUUUCCUUCUAA